AUGAUAAGAAUACAUAUAAUUGUUAAGAAUCUCACAGUCAUGAUUUUCCAGAUAGAGGCGUUGCUUAUGAACGACGUAGCAAACCAUGUUAUGAAAGCUCUUACAACUGUAGAAAAGAGAAUAUCUAUCCAAAAACCUCCAACGUUCUCAUGCGACUCUGAAGAUGUUUGGGAGCACGGCGGUUUGAUGCAACAAGAAAUUUUGAAGACAAAAACAACUGGAGUUUCCGGAAACAUUGAGUUUGAUGAAAUGGGUAAAAGGACAAACUACCUUCUACACGUCAACGAAAUAUACUUAAGAAAAAGGCAAACAAUAGGUAAUUGGGAGUCCUCUGCGGGAGAAAAUAUAAUAGAGGAUCGGCCGGAUGCCGACAACAUUGUUAAUCAGCAAACUAGAAAACAUUUCUACGUAAUAUCUCGUAAAGCUAAACCUUACUUUUAUGAAAAAGAAAAAUGUACUACACUUGAAUGUGAAGAGGAGGACGACGGGGAGAGAUACGAAGGCUUCUCAGUUGACCUGGUUAAGCAAAUCUUUGAAACUCUUAAGAAAGAAAACUUUAAUUAUACAUAUUCAUUUAAAUAUGAUACAGAUUAUAUUUAUGGACAAUAUGAUAAAGAAAAAAAGAAAUGGAAUGGUUUGAUUGGAGAUUUAUUGGAUAAGAAAGCUGAUUUAGCAGUUUGUGAUUUAACAAUAACAGAAGAGAGAAAGAAGGUUGUUGACUUCUCUGUACCUUUUAUGAGUUUGGGAAUAAGUAUUCUGUACGUGCAAGAGAAGAAAGUAGAUCCAGGAAUGUUUUCAUUUCUAAAUCCUUAUACAUUUGAAGUAUGGAUGUAUAUAGCGACAGCAUAUUGCGUUGUCUCUAUUGUUCUAUUUGUUUGUUCAAGAAUAUCACCAGCUGAUUGGGAAAAUCCACAACCAUGCGAUAAAGAUCCCGAGGAAUUGGAAAACAUUUGGAAUUUCAAAAACUGCGCUUGGCUCACAAUGGGCUCUAUAAUGACGCAAGGAUGUGAUAUUCUACCUAAAGCUAUAGGCACAAGAUGGGUUUGUGCAAUGUGGUGGUUCUUUGCUGUGAUUGUUUGUCAGACAUAUAUUGCCCAACUCUCAGCGUCAAUGACUUCUGCGUUAGAGAAUGAACCGAUUAACAGCGUCGAAGACUUGGCAACUCAAAACAAAAUCCUGUAUGGUGCUAUAGAUGGUGGCUCUACACUUGGUUUUUUUAAGAAUUCAAAAGACAAGAUGUAUCAAAGAAUGUACGAAAACAUGAAUGCAAAUAAGGUAGUUCUAGUAAAUAAUAAUGACGAAGGAGAAAAGAGAGUUAUUAACGGUAAAGGAAAAUAUGCAUUCUUUAUGGAAUCUGUUACUAUUGAAUAUAAAUUAAGACGAAAUUGUGAAUUAAAGAAAGUUGGCGGGGAAUUAGAUUCUAAAGAUUAUGGUAUAGCUAUGCCUGCAAAUUCUCCUUUUCGAACAGAUAUUAACAGAGCUAUUUUAAAGUUAAAGGAAUCAAACGCUUUAGAUAAAAUAAAGAGAAAAUGGUGGGAAAAUAAAUAUGGUGCGAAAGCAUGUAACCAAGAGGAAGAUAAGAAUGAUGUCGAGGGAGAUUUGGAAAUUAAAAAUUUGAUUGGAGCGUUCCUCGUACUAAUAGGCGGAAUUGUAUUAGCAUUGUUUAUAACGGCAGCUGAAUUUAUGAACGAAGUCAGAAAUAUUGUGGUUCGUGAAAGGGUGACACACAAGGAAGUUUUUAUCAAAGAACUAAAAGCUUCAUUGAAUUUCUUCCAACUGCAGAAGCCGGUGCUGCGCAACCCAAGCCGCGCGUCCUCCGCAGCCUCCUCUUUGCAGAGUUUAAACAAAGAACGUUCUAACGGAAUCGAUAACUUUCUUGAUCUUGAAAGAGAACCGCAUUAGGAACAUAUUUUACACUUUCGUUGCUUUUUUGUUUUGAUAGUUACAAUUUUAAGAAAUCGCAUGAAUGCUACAGCUAAUCGAAAAUGUACCAGUACACCGGUCAUAACCGGUCAUCAUAAUGUCAUAACUUUAUAUCAAAUAAAAAACUUAAACAGUUUAGGUUUUUUUCUAUCAAUAGAAGACGAUGAGAUUAAAAAACGACAUCUAAAAAAUGGGUAAUACCAACAUAACAUCGAAUAAUAAUAACAUAGUUACCAUCUUUGAAGUGAUUGAUGUAAU